AUGCCUGCCCAACAAAAACCGGCCAGGUGGACAGUGUACCUGAAGAUUGCCGCCGGCGUCAUUUUCAUUGUCGCACUGCUCGUCCUCCUCUUAUGGGGCGUCCACAAGGGAAAACCAACAACAGACAACAAUGAAGUUGGUGAACAAGAACGAGAAGUUGAAGAACCGCCGAUUAUCUGCAACAGCACCGAGUGCCAGGAGGCCAGCGCCUGGGUCAUGGAGACGAUGAACCCCAAAGCCAACCCUUGCGAAGAUUUCUACGAAUUCGCUUGCGGAAACUUUCCAAAAGUGCAUCCGAUUCCGGAGGACAAAUCUUUUGUUUCGACGUUGUCGCUUCUUCAGGACAAGGUGACUGACUCACUUUAUAAGCUUCUGGUCAAGGAAGGCAAAAGAAGAAAGUCAGGAAUUGGAAGUGAAAAGAGGGUGGCAAAAUCCAUCGACCUGGCCGCCGACCUCUUUGACGUGUGCAUGGAUGAAGAAAGUCGAAAUCGCCUGGACGUAGAGCCCUUUCGGGCGCAGCUGAAACGAAUGCUCGGCACUGAGUGGCCAAUAAUCGACGUCAAAAAAUUCGGCGACAACUUCCAAAAAGGCCGCGACAGUGUGGAGUUGUUUAUCGACGCAAUGGCCAACUUUCGAGCAGCUGGUUCAGAACCGAUCAUGAGUUUUGGACCAGACAUUGACGCCAAUAAUACGCUGCACCGGCUGAUUACCUUUAAAGUGCCUGAAUUUGACCUGAAGGACUACCAAUACGGCGACACUAGCAAAUACAACGAUGAAGUGAGCGCCAACUGGGUUUACAUGCACGACAUGGCCAAAUUCUUUUACAAAGGCAAUGCAGAGGUGGCUGGCAAGAGCGAGGAAAUUGACUUCCGUUUUGAUGAGAUUUUCCGCUUUGAACGGUCGCUUGCUAAUCUAGUCAACCUAAAGUCAAACCCGCUCAAUCCAAAGGACUGGUACUUUAAAAUCAGCCUGCGCAACUUGAAUGCCCUCACCAGUCGACAAGGCUCAUCGUACUUUAACUGGACGUCGCUGCUUUUUAAGACCACUUUUAACUUUGUCCUUCCCUACAAGAUCACCGACGAGGAGCAGGUGAUAGUGAAAGACCUAGAGUACUACAAGGGCAUGGUCCAACUGGUGUCCACCACACCGUUGCACGUCCUCUUCAAUUACAUGGGAGUGCGGUUUAUUAGCGAACGUGGCGACGACGGCUCACUACAAAUGCACAAAGUAGAGCAUGAGUUUGCGCAGAAAACCAAAGGUCUAAAGGCCAUGCCUCAUCACUGGGAGGGCUGCCUGGAGGAGGUGCGCCGCCUUUUUCCGAUGCCUCUCAGUCGCCUCUACGUGGAUGCGGUCGUUCCACCGGAAACCAAAGUAGCCGCCGAGAGCAUUGUCAGCCACGUGGCUGAGUCAUUUGCAAAGACGAUCAAGAAGCACACGCCCUGGCUUGAUAAGGUAACGAGGGAUAGGGCGGAAGAAAAGCUGGCCAAGAUCAAGUACCUGGUUGCCUAUCCAGACUGGAUCUCUGAUAACAGUCAGCUUGAUGCCGACUUUGGUUUGAGACCUGGUUCAACGGAUGAUGAGCUGUUGAAGAUAGUUCCUGGAAAGUACUUUGAGUCACUGAACAAUAUCCGACGGUUUGUGGUGGCUAGAGAGUUUAGAGAAUUGAAAAAGGUUCAUGAUCCAGAUAAAGAUUGGAUCAUGUCGCCCACUACGGCAGACGUCGAUUACUCGACAGUGGCCAAUACCAUUG